AUGCACGUGGCCGUCGGCAGAGCCCCCGCCGUGGUGCGGGUGACGAGGCUGCAGACGACGAUCCGGGGCCCCGACGACGCCUGGGGCCGCGGGGCCCGGCCGCAGCCCAUGCUCGUGUCGGCCGACGUCUCGCUACGGGCGGGCGGAGCCGGCUCGGCGUCGGCGGCAAGCGACGCCCUGGCCGGCGACACGGUGCACUACGGCCGCCUCGGCAAGGCGCUGCUCGCGGGGCUUGGGCGUCUUGCAGAGGGCGGGGAGCAGCAGCAGCCCCUGCCGCUCUUCACGGUGCUCUUGCACAUGUGGCUUCACCUCACCGGCCGAGAUCCCUUGUCGUCGGGCCAGGACGCCGCCGUCCCGGAGCCUCUUAUAAAGGCCUCGGCUGUGCGCUGCCUCGAGUUGACGGCCCAUCUGCCCAAGGCCUCGCUGCUGGGAGACGGCGUCAGCCUCACCCUCACCGGCGUCUUCCCCGGCGCCAAGGGCCACGGCGAACCUGUCGACGACGGCCGGCUCAGCAUGUACGGGCGGACCUUGCGCCUCCACAAGCUAAGGGUGCCGACGCUCGUGGGCAUCAACGACAACGAGAGAGAGGCCAAGCAGGCCAUCAUCGUCAGCGUCGAGGUGGACAACUUUGUCGCGUUGGUCGACACCUACCACGCCCUCGAGGCCUGCGUCGUUGAGAAAAUCGAGGCCUCGUCCUUUGGCACUCUCGAAGCCUUGGCCGCCCACCUCGCGGACACGGUCAGCCGGUACUUGAGGGCGGAGCAGCAGGAGCCUCUGGACGGGUCCGGAUCGCAUCUCACGAUUACGGUGGAAAAGCCGAUUGCCGUGCCGUUUGCCGACGCCCCGUCCGUGGAACUGAGGACCAACACCAACGACGUGCUUGGCCCUGUGGGGUGGCCGGGGAAUUGA